CCCUCGCACAGGUCAAGCAAACGAGGGAGCAGUGUCGGUGAACAAAGCUAGUUCAGGAACUGCUGUUCUCAAAAUCUCUGUGCCUAGAAUAUUGUGACUCUGAGAGGAAGUGCGGUCAGAGCAUCACGAGUUGCGGAUGAUCCGAUCAUCACCAUGGGAUCUCCUGACAUCGCCAAUUAUCCUUCAUUGACUGCAGAGGAGUUUGAAGAAGCCUGCCACCAUCUAGAUAGCAGGUACCGACGGGCGACUCUAGGCUUCAAGCGCGCGCAGUGGAGGCUUCGAUUAAGGACGGGCCUGCGGGGAAAUGACUUCCAUUAUGGGUGUUCACCAGGCACCAGUGUCGAGAUCACGAAGCCACUCGAACCCUUCAACGACGACAUUGAUCUCGAUUUCGAAGCUUUGCGCGUUUCAGGAACACACCACUGGAUGCCACAGGCCGAUCAAGAGAUGAGAGAUAUGGAGGCAUCAGAUCAGGCUGCCAUACAGAAGUCUCCAUCUGCACAUCAAGGCGGAUGGGUGACCUAUGAGAUUCUGCUUCAUCCAACAUAUCAAGUACCUGUCUUAUAUUUCCAACUGUAUGGUCUUCCGGCAUGCGAGCCGCGGUACGAUGUAGAGACUGUGUUCCGGCGCCUUGUCCCGGACCCGUACAAACAAGGACUUCGCAGCCUCAACGGCGUUGGGGGUAUUUCCAUCGAUCAUCACCCCGUAUAUGGCGAGCCAUGCUUCUUCAUACACCCCUGCCUGACAGGGGAGAACAUGGCUCCUUUUCAGUGCUCGCGAGAGGAGUAUCUCACGAUUUGGAUCGGGCUGACAGGCGCUUGUGUUGGUUUAGCCGUGCCCAUGGAAAUGAUCCCACGAAACGGUGUUGACAUUGUUUGAAAGCCUGCGCGUAAGGGCGCGCCGAUUGCUGUGCACAAAGGUUCGGGCGAUCAUUCGUCGUCGCUGUCCUCUUCCAUAGCCACGUCCGAGUCACUGUCCUCGUCGUCGCGUGUUCGCUUCUGCCCUCGUGCGUCGGUCUCGGCGUCCUUCAUCUGCUGAUCAGCCGGGGCCGCAGCUGGCUUUGCAGGCAGUCCGCUGCCAGUGGUGGCUGGCGCAGCCGCGCCGGGAGGUGGUGCGUUGAAGAUGCUCUGCUGCAGCUCGGUCUGCUCAACGUCGGCGGCGCCGGACAUGUUGGGGAUUUUGAACGUGCCGUCCAGUUUGCUGACGAAAUCGGAUUUGCUCUUGGCGUAUUGGAUCUUCUGUAGAUAACGCGUCAGACUUGCUGCCCUAUGAUCAAGACGUCAUGCAAUAGACUUACCAUUGGCCGACCGAGGAACUGUU